AUGUUUUUUAGUAGGACUUGGUUGGUCCUUUUCUUUUUCCCUUUGGUGACAACAGCUCAGUAUCAAGGAGACAACGGAAUUGUCAUCCCGGAGCAUGGAUUUUGCCAACCAAUCUCCAUACCUUUGUGCACAGAUAUUGCCUACAACCAAACCAUCAUGCCCAACUUGGUUGGUCACUACAACCAAGAGGACGCAGGGUUGGAAGUCCACCAGUUCUACCCAUUGGUGAAGGUACAGUGCUCCCCGGAGUUGAAAUUCUUCCUCUGCUCCAUGUACGCACCAGUUUGCACAGUCCUGGAGAAGGCCAUCCCGCCUUGCAGGUCCAUCUGUGAAAGGGCCAAGCAGGGUUGCGAGGCCCUCAUGAACAAGUUCGGCUUCCAGUGGCCUGACCGACUCCGCUGCGAGAACUUCCCCGUGCUGGGUGACGGUCAGAUUUGCGUGGGACAGAACGACUCAUCCGCCGCCACUGUCCCGCCCUUGUCCAUACCUGGCACCCAGGACGUGUCAGUAGUGUCCGGUCUGGACAAGCCCUUUCGUUGCCCCGCUGCGCUGGUGGUUCCCCCUUACUUGAACUACAUGUUUCUGGAGGAGAAGGACUGCGCCGCCCCGUGCGAACCUGCCCGGGGCGGCGGGUACAUGUUUUUCACCGACAAGGAGAUCCACUUCUCACGCAUCUGGAUUCUCGUCUGGUCGGUCCUGUGCUGCGCGUCCACGUUAUUCACGGUCACCACAUAUUUAGUGGACAUGCAGCGAUUCAGGUACCCCGAGAGGCCCAUCAUCUUCCUGUCGGGCUGCUACACCAUGGUCUCCAUCGCUUAUAUCGCAGGGUUCUUCCUAGGCGACAAAGUGGUGUGCAACGAGAGCUUUAACCCAGACGGCUACAAAACUAUCGUGCAGGGCACCAAGAAGGAAGGCUGCACCAUCCUUUUUAUGAUGCUCUACUUUUUCAGCAUGGCCAGCUCUAUCUGGUGGGUCAUCCUGUCGCUGACCUGGUUCCUGGCAGCGGGGAUGAAGUGGGGCCACGAAGCCAUCGAGGCCCACUCCCAAUACUUCCACCUGGCGGCCUGGGCGGUGCCGGCCGUCAAAACUAUUAGCAUCCUGGCCAUCGGUCAGAUUGAGGGCGAUGUGCUGAGCGGCGUGUGUUUCGUCAGCCUCAGCAACCUGGACCCCCUGCGAGGUUUCGUCCUGGCGCCGCUCUUCAUCUACCUCUUCAUCGGAACUUCCUUCCUCCUAGCCGGCUUCGUCUCGCUCUUCCGCAUCCGCACCAUCAUGAAGCACGACGGCACCAAGACGGAGAAGCUAGAGCGCCUCAUGGUGCGCAUCGGCGUCUUCAGCGUGCUCUACACAGUGCCCGCCACUAUUGUCAUCGCCUGCUUCUUCUACGAGCAGGCCUUCCGCCCGCACUGGGAGCGCAGCUGGAUCAGCCACAGCUGUAGGAGCCUUGCCAUCCCUUGUCCGGCGCAGACGGGGCCUCGCAUGACGCCCGACUUCACCGUCUACAUGAUCAAAUAUCUGAUGACGCUCAUUGUGGGCAUCACCUCCGGUUUCUGGAUCUGGUCCGGGAAAACUCUGCACUCUUGGCACAAGUUUUACACCAGGCUGACAAACGGCAAACACGGAGAGACCACCGUGUAG